AUGCCGCGCUCCUUCCUGGUGAAAACGCACCUCAGCCACAGAGUCCCCAACUACGGACAGCUGGAGACGCAGAGAGCAGGUGAUGACACCUGUUCUGCCUGUCGGGGGCCGGGGGCACUGCUCCACCCCCCCAACAAGGAGGCCGCUCCCGCACCCAGGGCACCCUCCAGCCCCCGGGACAGCACGCCUGCCGUCGCCUGCCUCUCCCUGCCUCUCCUGCCACAUCAUGAGGAAUCACCAGGGGCCUCAGGGUCACACCCACAGGAAAUCAGCUGGAUGGGCCCUCGGGCUGGCCAGGCCCCCAGCGUCCCUCUCAAAGACAGCCUGAACCACUUGAACCUGCCCCCACUGCUGGUGCUGCCCACCCGGUGGCCCCCGAUCCUGCACCCGGAUGGGCACAGGGCUCCAGACAAACUGUGCAGGGCUGAGGGGACUCCUCGAACUACAGGGGGCUUCGAGUGCGGUCACUGUCACAAACCCUACCACACACUGGCGGGCCUGGCCAGGCACCAGCAGCUGCACUGCCACCUGCAGGCCGGGCGCGCCUUCACCUGCAAGUACUGCAGCAAGGAGUACGCCAGCCUGGGCGCCCUCAAGAUGCACAUCCGCACCCACACGCUGCCCUGCGUCUGCCAGCUCUGCGGCAAGGCCUUCUCCAGGCCGUGGCUGCUCCAGGGCCACGUCCGGACCCACACGGGUGAGAAGCCCUACUCCUGCCCUCACUGUAGCAGGGCCUUUGCUGACCGCUCCAACCUCCGGGCCCAUCUGCAAACACACUCUGGCACCAAGAAAUACCAGUGCAAGGGUUGUGCCAAGACCUUCUCCCGCAUGUCCCUUCUGGCCCGGCACGAGGAAGCCAGCUGCAGUCCUGGCCCCUGAGAGGUGUGGUGGGUGCAAGGGCCUCAUCAGAGAACGGGAGGCUGGCAACCCUCGUGGCAGCCCCGUGACACCAGAGGUGACCAGCCAGGACCAAGAAGCCCAAUGCGCCACUAGUCGGCCUCCCACCCACGGAGCCCCUUUCAGAGAUGCUGCACUCAGGAGGGCACUUCAGCAUGAACAGCACGGUGCCGGUCUGACUUGGCCUGGUCUCUGCUGCCAGAGUGUGACCGUUGUCCCUGGCGCUGCUCGAUCCCGGCCACGAGGCUAGGUCCACCCAGCCCCUCUGCAGCUGUUGGGCAGCACGUUGACUUGUGGUGGACUCGGCUGCUUCUCACCUUCCUUGGCUUGGGGGCUGGGGAAACCUGCACCUGUGUCACUUUGCCAGACUCCCUAGGAUGCAGGAGCAGGACCAGGAGCAGAGGGCGCUGGGCCCACUGACCCUGCUGCGGGACCUGGGCCCGCUCAGAGUGGGGGCUGGCCUGAGGCGGCACUGCCUUCUGGGGGAGCUGGGAAGGUAAUAAAG